AUGCAGCACUGCAAGCGAGGAGACCGAGUCUACUUUACCAUCGGCCAGAACCAGGAGGAAGGCGUCGUCGAGUCGGUCGAGCAUCGCGAUGACGGUACGGCCAUGGCCACGAUCCGAUUCGACAAGAAAGAUGGCGCGGUUUCGCACAUCAACCGCAACGUCGACAAGCUCGAACCGGCGCAUGCGUCGCGACGAGCCCGCGAGGUCGACGCAAUCCUCAGCCUGACCGCUGGUCGCGGUGCAGGCAACAUUUCGUUCGCAGGUCGCAAUGGCGAGUCGAGCUUUCACUUGCACGUCGGUGCGUGUGUGCGUGGCCGUGGUUGCGAGGCUGAGCUUGGCUAG